AUGAAAAGAACUGCUUAUGACAAAGUCAAAAUUUCCGCUUUUCGGCUGGCCCCGUUUCCGGACACUGUCUCGUCUUUUAGGCCUCGCAGCCAAUCAGCCCAGCCGAGCCUCGAUUCCUGCAGCCUCGCCCUUGAAACUCGACUCAGUUCAGUUGAGACUAUCGAUCGGAGACCCGGCCAGCUGGCUCUUCUAUCCACCUCUCUUCGUUCGUCACGUUUGUGCACACACUCCACUCAGGCCGGAAGCUGUACGUGGCUCAUCCCAUAUCGCGAACAGUCUCGAUCGAUCCGUGCAUUCGAAAGGCUACCCAAUCAGCAGCACUGGAAAGUGAGGACUGAGCGCUCUCGCCUCAAAGCCGCCAUUGACUCGACGAGAUUGGCUUCUUGUUCAGCCGCCCACUUUAUGUUGUCCUUUUCAUACAUCGUUUCUCUGACGUCAUCUUUGCUGAGUGUCUGA